GCAGCGGCCGCUGCAGCUUCGUCCGCGCGGACAGUUUCGAGUGUGCGGCUACCGGAGGCGGAAACGGAAGUGCAAAGAACCGCAGCCAGCUCAUCGUUGGCUUCGCUGUGUGUGGCUUCGCUGCGUGUGUGUGUGUGUGUGUGUGUGUGUCCAAACUGUUGCUCAUCGUUGUGUGGGUGUUUGUUUUCGGUGCUAGUGUGUUGGUAUUACGAGUGACAGUGACGGCGACGGCGACCAAGUCGUGUGGUGUGGUGUAUGGUGGUCUGGUGUUGGACAAUUAGUAAACUUCGCGUAGCAGACAAAAUUAUCCUGCAAAUUGGUUGAAAAUGGAGGAGCACUGAAAUGGCACAGCAGCAGCGCAGCUGGGACGAGGGAGCCAGCGGAGGUGGUGGCUACAGGCAGCAGGCGGGCUUCGGUCCGCAGCACAAGUCAACGGCAAGGACGGCCAGCAAUCCAUUGCCGAGCAGAGGAGCCACUCCCAAGGCGCCCAGGCCCUACCAUCCGACACCGCCCUCGGUAUAUGCAACGCCCCUGGUGACGGGUCCGCGCAGUCCGAGCUAUGGCUACGGCGGGGGAUACGAGGCGCCCAGGAGUCCCAAAAUCACGACAUCCUUUGCCAGCGACAGCUGCGACGACGGGAGCAGCUCCACGCCCAGCUCCUACUACCAGACGCCGCCCUCGGGCUCCAUAGAUGACUCCUACUCGCUGCUCAGCGGCCGCACGACAGCCGCCCGCACUCCCAAUGCGCCGUGCAAGUUUGUCUUCGAUGCCGUGAGUCCCAGUGCCGGAGCGGAGCACCCCACCUUCUCCAAGAAGUUUGAGUACUACGAGCCCUUCUCGCCGGAUGGGGGACCCGAGUACUAUGAGCCGCCCAGCUCGCCGCGUCGCCAGGGCUCCAAGAAGCUGAUGAGGAGCAAGCUGCCGCUCGAGCCGCUGCCUCUGGUGACCACAACGGGCGUAGGCGAUGGCAGCAAGCGGCGGCACGACGAGUGGGAGCUGCCGGUGAUCAGCAAUAUCGAUGUGGGCUCCCGAGCCGGAGCAGGGGGAAGAAGAGGCGGCUACUAUGGGCUGAAGCGCGACUCCUGCGUGACCGAGUGCACCCAGCUGUCCAUGGAGUCGGGCGAGACGUGCACCCAGCACACGAACAGCACCCAGGUGACCCACACCACGACAAGCUUCAGCUUCACGGACCCGGAGCACAGUCAGCAGCAGCAGCAGCUGCAGCAGCAACUACAUCGCCAGCGGCGCCACGCCAUCAACAUCACCUCGAAUCCUGGCUACCAGGUGCUCCACAGCUCGCACUCCACGCUGGACCGCACAUGCUCCGACAGCGUCGUCUCCCUCCGCUAUCGCAAGUCCACCAGCGACCUGACCCAGGAUCCGGAUCACGAGCUGAGCGGCUGCAAGCCACCCAAGCCGGCCAAGGCGAAGCGCGAGGUGGUCGAGCACAAGCCCCGCCGCAGGGGCAGCUCCAAGGGAGGCCUGGCCCUGCUCGCCAGUCGCCGCAACUCACGGGACUCCAUGAAGAGCGCCUGCUCCAAUGCGUCCAUCGUGUCCAACGAUGAUGUUGGCCCGCUGGCCUUCCAAAGCUCCAAUCGUGGACGUCAGCGGAGAACGUCGAACUUUCUCGAGCUGCCAGUUCCCGACCACAUUCGGCCGCGAGUCUGCUCUCUGCCGGAACGCCCGUACAAUCCGCGGGCCAGCGACGAUCUCUACCGACUGCGUCACUUCUCCAUCAGCAAGGGGAACGUGGUCAACUGCGGCGAUUCGAUAAUCUCGCGCCGUUCGCGGAGCAACACGAGCGUCAACUCGACCAACAGCAGGGCCAGCGAGAGGUCCCCAUUCGAGGGCAGCUGCUGUGGCGGCGGAUAUGCCAACGUGGACUCCCUGCCGGUGUCCUCGGACGAGUCGGACAACCUGGAGCCGCCGCCUGCAGCCCGCUACCGCGUGGUGAUGCUCGGAGAUGCCGGCGUGGGCAAGACGGCGCUGGUCAACCAGUUCAUGACCUCGGAAUACAUGCACACCUACGAUGCGAGCCUAGUUUUAGACGAUGAGUUCGGCGAGAAGACGGUCAGUGUGCUGCUGGAUGACGAGGAAUCGGACAUGGUCUUCAUCGACCAUCCGAGCGUUGAAAUGAGCGUCGAGAACUCCCUCUCCACCUAUGAGCCGCACGGCUGUGUUGUCGUAUUCUCGGUGGUCGACCGGGGCACGUUCCGUGUGGCCGAGGAAAUCAUCAAUUAUCUGUGGCAGGAGAAAUACACCAAGGACAAGGCCGUUAUUCUCGUGGGCAACAAGGCGGAUCUGGCCCGUGCCCGGCUUAUCACAUCACAAGAGGGUAAGGCCCUGGCCGCCUCACGCGAUGCCAAAUUUAUCGAGACUUCAAGCGGCAUACAGCACAAUGUCGAUGAGCUGCUCGUCGGCAUAUUGAAGCAGAUGCGCCUGAAGGAGGUACGCGAGAAGAAGGCUACCCAGUCGAAAAUGAAGCACUCUCGCACCCACAUAUCACUGCAUCUGGCCAAGGAGAUACUGCAGAAAAUCUGCCUCAGCGACAUAUCCAAGUCGAAGAGCUGUGAGAAUCUCCAUGUGCUCUAAGAAUAAGAAUCCCACCGCCACAUACAUAUAUACACACAUACAUACAUACAUAUGUAUGUAUGCCAAGCCAAGGAGGAGGAACGGACGGAGGAGCCCACUGUCGAUGUCUUCUUUUCGGGGCAUUCCUGUGAAUAAGCUAAAAUUAUGCCACAGAGCAGGAGCACUGUGCAAAGAAGAAUUUUAUCAAAAGCGGCAGGCGGAAUAUUUUGAAUGCCAUUCAGAUUAGCCGGAGGGAGGCAGGCCAAACGGGGGGCCCACGCUUUUGUUAUGUUUUUUUUUAUUUUUUUAUUUUCUACGUCGCCAUCGCCAGGCCCCAAGAAUAUUGAAAGUUCAAUGUUAGGUCGCCGCUCCUCCCAUUCCCAUUCCCAUCUCUCGCAUCCGCAUCCCCUUUGCCGUGGCCAUUUCGCGCAAGUCAUUGGCGGUGGUCAGGCCUCCGCGGGCAGCGAUUAUUCGUUUGUUUAUGGCGGAUGUUUCGAUUAGCUUAUCGUGCCCAGACGCACCCACUUUCGGGUGGUGCUGUUGGCCUUACUGAUAAGAUAAGCGGCGACCC